AAUGCUGAUCCAGUGAAGUCGGGGAUACGAUAACAUUUACCCAUUCGGUGAAAUUGCCAUGCUGAUAUUUCAAAGUUGGCGACUUUUGGUUGUAAUUGUUUAACUAAUAAAAUAAUUAUUUUUCAAUGGCUUUUGGAACUCGUUUCUACCGAUCUAUUUUUAUUUAAAAGCUUGAACCUUGCUUGCUGUGUAUCCGAGAUUGUUUGUCGUUUUAAAAAGUCACCAUUAGUGCAAUCUUUUAUGUUUUCAGAUAGAUAAGGCCUCGUUAAAAGCUCGAUUAAGGUAUAAAAAGGUGAAAUAAGCUGCUAAACGAGCAGUGCUACUAGAGAUUUUAUCGAGAACUAAGUGAAAAAGUAACUGCUCGCAAUGCUGUUCACUAUUGCUCUACUGGGCCUACUUUUGGCCUUGGCCUACCAUUUUUACAUGAAAACCUUCACCUAUUGGGAACGAAAAGGAGUUCCUUACGAGAAACCUUUGCCGCUAAUUGGUAACAUGAAGGGAAUCGGUUCCAAGUACCAUUUCCGGGACAUUAAUCAGAGGAUUUACGAUCAGUUCAAGGGAAAGGCUCCUUUCGCUGGAAUGUACACGUUCAUUAGGCGCACCGCCCUGAUCACUGAUCUAGACCUCAUUAAGCAGGUGAUGAUUAAGGACUUCAACUACUUUCAAGACCGUGGCGGGUUCAGUAAUCCCCGGGACGAUCCCUUAACGGGUCACCUCUUCUCCCUCGAGGGUGACGAGUGGCGAUCGAUGAGGCACAAGCUUUCUCCGGUUUUCACUUCCGGAAAGAUGAAGCUCAUGACGGGAGUGAUUGUGGAGGUGGGUCAACGCCUGGGCGAUGCCAUGGAUAAGGCAGUGAAGGAGGCCAAAGUGGACGAUGGCAAUGUGGAGAUCAAGGACCUCUGUGCACGAUUCACCACGGAUGUCAUUGGAUCGUGUGCCUUUGGGCUGGAGUGCCACAGUCUUCAGGAUCCUAAAGCAGAGUUCCGGCAGAAGGGUCGUGAUAUUUUCACAAAACGUCGUCAUUCCCAGAUAGUGGAAGCAUUUCUCACUACCAACGCCAAGUUGGCUAAGCUGUUAAGGAUGAAGGUACUUCCUAAUGAUAUAACCGAUUUCUUCUUGUCGGCGGUAAAGAACACCGUCGACUAUCGCCUCAAAAAUGGCAUAAAACGGAACGACUUCAUUGAUCAGUUGAUAGAGAUUCGCGCCGAGGACCAAGAAGCGGCUAGAAAGGGUAAGGGUAUCGAUCUUUCCAAAGGACUGACCCUGGAGCAAAUGGCUGCCCAGGCCUUCGUGUUCUUCGUGGCUGGAUUCGAGACCUCUUCCAGCACUAUGUCCUAUUGCCUGUACGAACUGGCCUUGCAGCCGGAGAUUCAGAUGAGGGUGAGGGAGGAGAUCGAAAGUGUGCUGGCCAAUGAGGAAGAAGGGAAGCUUAACUACGACGCCCUGGCGCGAAUGUCUUACUUAGAUCAGGUGGUAGCCGAAACCCUUCGCAAGCACCCCCUUCUCCCCCAUCUCAUCAGAGAGUGCAAUAGGGAGUACAAAGUGCCCAACACAGACAUUGUGCUCGACAAGGGCGUCAGUGCCUUGAUCCCCGUUCACAAUAUUCACCACGACCCUGAGAUAUAUCCCGAGCCGGAAAGGUUCGAUCCCAGUCGCUUUGAUCCGGAGGAAGUCAAGUCCCGUCACCCGAUGGCUUAUUUGCCCUUUGGCGAUGGACCCCGCAAUUGCAUUGGUCUUCGUUUUGGAAAGGUUCAGGCGAAGGUUGGCCUCGUAUCGCUGCUUCGUCGUUUCAAAUUUUCCGCUUCAAAUCGCACUGAAGUUCCUUUGAUUUUCACAAAGAAAUCUUUUCUUUUGGGCACGGAAAAUGGCAUUUACCUGAAAGUGGAAAGCAUUUGAAUUUUAAUUAAUGCCUUAAUGUAUCCAACAAAAUGGGAAAGUUUAGUAAUAAAAGCAAAGGCUGGGUAAAAUAAGUUAAACAUAGAUUAAGUCGAUACUUACAGGGAAUUUAUAAGGGCGUAUUAAUUAAUUACAAAUUUUAUCAAAGAUUUUACCGUGAACGAAACUUUGGUAAAUCAGAUUAAAAACCAAUUAAAUUUGUAUUUGCCGAAA